CGACAAGACAGACGGUUGCGUGCAAUAAUCAAUCACAUUGCCCAAUGCCGAGCUCUCCCCUUUCCCACCUUGUUAUGUCGUGAGACCCCUUUUGAGCUUAAGUUUCUUUCUUUUUUUUUUUUCUCCCAUCUUUUUGUUGUUUGGUAUUUCGUGUCUGCUACCUAAAACUCAAGAGCUAGCAUCCUCAGCAGGUCUUGCUCAGUCAUUCAUUUUGCUUCGUCGCAUGUGCUUGCUUGCUUUGCUCUUGUCCAAUUUUAGUAUCUUUUCUGUGGUCUCCAUCGAAAUCCGCCUCUUUAUCGUUUGCGCCUUGACUCCGGCUUGAUCGACCGACAAAACACGAAUCGUUGAUGCGCAUCGCCCCUCGCGUUUGGCCUCUAUCUGUCAAUCACCAAAACGCACACGACAAGAAACGCCGCUGUGCUGUGCUCUGCCCCAUAGUCAUAUGUUGCAAACAAAGAGCAUAGCCGCUAUGGUUUUGUUAGAUUGAUUGAAUUUCGAAUCCAGCAGCCUUUUCCCCUGCUUGCAGCGUCCCUGCAUCCUGCAUGGCCGAGAAUCCUUCUGCGACGACUUUCUCACGCUACACCUACUGUACCUGUUCUGCCGCCGCCCGCCCAUAGUUUGACAACCAUCUCGUCAUUUAUGCGCUCCUACUACUGCUCCCCGCACACCCUAGCCUUAGCCGCCACCGGGCCCCAACGCUGCACCCACUCGAAUCAACUUUCGGCUACCAGAAACUGCAGCAACAAAAUACCUAGCAUCUAGCAGAGAAGCAAGGAAAAGCCGUUGCAGGGUGGACAGCUUUAAAAAAUAAAAUUAAAUUAAAAAAUUCUAAACACAAAAAACAACACAUUCGCACAGUGGCUUUAACAGGCUACAACAAAACGUGCAGCAAGACCUGCCGGUACGCCACUUCAAUUUGGUGUCGCCUCCGAAGUAACCAGAUCGAAACAACCCACGGUACUGCGACCGGGGAGCGAGAAGAAAAAAAAAACCAACAUCACUAAUCAUUCCAGUCAACACCGAAACGACCGACUAAAUAGACCUACGAGAAAACAACACCAUCGACGCCGCGAACAUUCCAGUCUGCCUACUGCAAGGAAAUCAACACAACCAGAAACUACGUCACGCUCACACGCACGACCGAAAACAACAGACGAACGAGGCAACCCGUGCGUCAAUUAUCAAAGACUCACGAAGGAAAACGCGGCUACGUCCAUCACGGCCGCUCCUCUCACCCAUCAUUUUAUGGUUUUGAGUCGCAGCGGUCAACAUGGCAGCUCCACGACCAAACUUCAUUGACCUGCGGUCGCAGUCGCAGGUCUCCAUUCCCCGACCGCUCAAGUCCCCCCGAGUUCACGUCGCCGGCGAAGCACCCCCAGAACUAUCUCCACUCGAUGCAUUUGCGCUACACAGUCGGAUGCUCGCAAAGCAACUAGAGCAAAGUGCAAAAGCAGACAAAAGGAUCAGCAGGUUACCACCGCUGACCACCGAGAGUCCUCUCGUCGUGCAGGCCAGGUCGGAGUACUUUCGAUCCAUGUCCCAGGAUUCCAAUUCAGACUAUGGCGAUUCACCUGAACAUCCACCACUGCAGCCCCCGGCUGGGUUUGGAAACCAUGCAGAGAUAGAAGAGCACUUGGACCGACCUAUGUCGAUGCACCCACGUAUGAGCCGCAUCCCGCCGACACCCGAUGAGCCAAUGCCCAUGCCUGGCAACGCCAACCAAUUGCGCGGAAGAUUACCAGAGACGGUCGAGGAGGAUGAAGGCUUCUUCGGGGCCAGGAGAGAACGUUCGCCGUCGCCAAUGGGCAGCGUCCGUAGUCAAACCAAGACGCCAGAGCCCGUGUCUCCGCUCAGGGAACCCGAACACAAGAAAUCGCCAUCUCAGGCUUCCUCAAUGCGCCGCUUUUCUUUCUCCCAAUCCCCGGAGAAGCUCAGGCAAACAGUCUCAAAUGAUAUCCAUGGACUUGCGCCACCGCGUGCUCUAUUUCCUCAACGGUCACCGAGUAUAAUAUCGGCUUCAUCUGAGGUGGCAGACGAUGAUAGACUCAGUGCAUCGUCUGCUGUAUCGCCAAUGCACUCGCAUGCGCUACGCAAAUAUUCCACCAGUAGCGGGGGCCUCGCCUCGCCAUCUUUCGGCUCAUUCCAUAGAACACCCUCGAUAGCUUCGGAUAUGUCUGCCCCUCUACCGAGACCGUCGUUCAACUUCUCCAGGCCUCUCAGUAGAGCUGGGACGCCGAGUUUCGAACCGCCAGUCCGCCAGCAGUCAUCCGACAGUCAUGGAUCGUUUGUGUUUACUGACGACACUGCGCAUACUCCAGUAAGCCUUCACAGCGAAGGUUUCCCCGACUCUAACACUGAAGGCCCUGGGGCGCCAUCAUAUAUCUACUCCAAAUAUUCACUUCCUAGGGGAAAGAUGCUACAGAGGUCUACACCUUUCGAACCCCAGCCGCAAGAGAGCAUGCUUGCUAUCGGUCACGCACCUCCAUCACCACCGACCCGACCAUCAAGUUCCUCGAGUGGCAUGCCCCGACAGUCAUUAGAACGAAGUAAACUUAGCGCUGAAGUCCUCCGGCCGACGAUGCAACCCUCUCCCAACUCCAGCCGGCCAUCGACGGAUGGCGGCCGGUCAUCAGAAGACGGUCCUCGUGGUCGAACGCUUGCAGUUAAGCAGACCGCAGCCUCGAUAGCAACGAGUGACUCGGCUAGCACGGUCAAGCCGGCAAGGUCGCUCCACUCCCUGGCAUCGGCGGCCGACAUCCCUGCGGAGGAGCACGUGACCAAGGCCAUAGAGUUGCAUCAGGAAGGCAAGCUAAACGAGUCGACGUACCACCUUCGGCAUGCAGCGCGUCAGGGGCACCCAACGGGGAUGUUACUGUUUGCACUGGCUUGCAGGCAUGGCUGGGGAAUGCGGGCCAAUCCCAAGGAAGGUGUCGAGUGGCUUCGCAAGGCGGCCGAGUGUGCCGGAUUGGAGGUGGCUGACGACGAGGGCCAGGUUCAGGAAGGGAAAAGGGUCGACUUCCUAGAGAACAAGACCAGAAAGGCACAGUUUGCUCUCAGCAUAUACGAACUGGGCGUAAGCCACAUGAAUGGCUGGGGCAUUGACCAGGAUAAGGCACUUGCGUUGAGGUGUUUCGAGAUUGCUGGCACAUGGGGAGAUGUCGACGCGCUCGCCGAGGCAGGAUUCUGCUAUGCACAGGGAAUUGGGUGCAAAAAGAACCUGAAGAAGAGCGCAAAGUUUUAUCGCAUGGCCGAGGCAAAGGGCAUGAACAUGGUCGGCAACAGUUGGAUUCACAAGUCAAAGUACGACGAUGACAGCAGCACGGAAGCGACUUCGCCAAAAUCGACAAAAUCAGCAAAAUCAGAUAAGAAGGCCCGGUCAAAGUCCAGGACACGCACGGGGCUUUUUGGCAAGAGGCAUAAAGCGCAGCCGGCAGAAUAAACAGCGACCCACGCCAACCAAAACCAUUCUGCUUUCUUCGAUGUGGCUCACGAUGAAGUCACAGAAACCUGCACAUAGUAAUGAUGGAGAAAAGCAGAACGGUGACUAGAAAGAAGGCAUCCGGCCAGCAAGGAAACAGUAUAUAUUUUGAUUGCUGUUGUCGGAGCCCUCUUGUUACGAUAUGAUGACACAAGCAAAAAAUUCGAUUCUUUUCAAAAGCUAGCCAUAUUUAUAUUUUUAUUUGUCUUCAUACCCCGGGAUUGCGAGUCUAUUUUCUCUUGGUUCGUCUUGAGUUUCAUGACGUCUUGGCUUUCGAAAGUUGUUUGUUUGAAGGAUCGUAAUUGGGACAUGAAUGUUUGGAAUGCAAGAGUGGAAAAUGUAUAUGUUUCUGUAUUCCAACCUGGGGAUGCCAUCGUCAAGACGGUAGCAUCGAUUUUCCUAUGAAAUCAAAAGACGAUGCAUGAAGAUAGGGCUUACCAAGUGAAUGAUUUUACCUUUUUGGUUCUUGACUGGCUUGUAAUCUCGGGGAUGCGCGAACCUGUUUUGACGCCAUGCUUUGUUCUUUCUUGUUCUUUGAAUUGUCUCGUAUGUAACGAACGCACAACGAAG